UUUGCAAAUUGGUUUUCUUAUCUCAUCGAGCUAUGUUCGAGCUUCAACUUUUUCGCUGUAUCUUUUCGAAGUUUCUAACUGCACAAAACUUGAGCUUCCGAAUCACUUUGUUUGUAUAACAACCUUUUUCUCUAGCAAAUUACCACUAUAAAUUUGUGCUAAUACCGUGAUUCAUCUGAAAGAUGUUUACCGAAAAAGCUGUUGAUCUAUUGAAAGAAUUGGAUAGGUGCCCUGACACUCUACCGCCUUAUCAUGAAAAAAUGGUGAGAGCUGUCUUGGAUGAAAUGAACAUUCUUUUCGAGAAAAAUGUUGAAGUCUUAAACUCCUCUGUCUCUGAUAAUCUGGGAGAAUUCAUGCCCGUUCUGAAAUUUAGGCAUGCAGCUUUAGAAAGGAACAAACGUUGUCUGAUGGCUUAUUUCUGGAACCGAUUACUGAAAAUACGUCAAAUGCGAUGGGAAUUUGGCCGCAUCCUACCUCCAGAUGUUAAAUCUAAUCUUAGUGAAGCAGAAGUGAAUUGGUUCAACAAUUACAGCAAAAUCUUAGCUAAUUACAUGAAAUCCAUUGGUCAAGGAUGUGGUUUAAAUCUGCUGCAAAACAUGGACCCGCCAAAGUCACUAUACCUUGAGGUUAGAUGCCUGGCGGACCACGGAGAAAUUAAAAUGGAGAAUGGAGAGGUCAUCUGCUUGCAAAAGAAUCACCUUUAUCUUUUGCCAAGAUCUGCGUGUGAAAUGCUGAUACGUCAAGGAAUUUUAGAACAGGUGGUUUCAUUUUGAUUCAUACCUCAACCAAGAUGGACUAUGUUUGCUGUGCUUUUCUGUCUGGGAUUUGUCAGUUAAUUAUUUUCUUUUCUGUGUGUUAUUUUAUGUAAUAUUUUGUUGCUGCUCACUGUGAUCUUUUGAGGUUUAAUUUAAAUCUUGUAAAACAAUAUUUUCGCCUCAGGCCAACUGUACAUAGUAGUUCUGUAGAAUUUUGUGAUUAAAGGUAUUUCUAUAGUUUCAUAA